ACUCGUCCAGUCACAAGUCACCAGCACCUCCUCCUCCACUUCGCCCAAUCUCCCUUGCUCAUUUCCUUCUAAUUCUUGCUUCAUUUGCAUAACUGAAAUGGCUGCCCAGGCAACUUUCAAGUCUAUCAAGUCCCUCGUUCCUCUGCUCGACCGCGUUCUGGUCCAGCGAUUCAAGCCAGAAGCGAAAACCGCGUCGGGUAUCUUCCUGCCAACGUCCGCUACGAGCAGCCCCCUUCCUGAGGCGACCGUGAUCGCGGUUGGUCCCGGCGCGCCUGGCAAGGACGGCAAGAUCGUGCCCACGUCGGUCAAGGCGGGCGACCGGGUGCUCCUUCCCGGCUGGGGCGGUAACUCGAUCAAGGUCGGAGAGGAGGAGUAUUUCCUGUUUAAGGAUGCGGAGAUCUUGGCUAAGAUCCAAGAGUGAGCGUGU